ACGCUGAUCUUACGAACACCGUAUCGGACGGCCCGCAGUUCAACGCUUUCUCCGUUGAGUCUCCGGCGACCGUUUCUGCGUCAGAGAGGAGUCAAUACCCCCUCCGCCACUCUCAACACUCCGCAGGACAGACAGCUGGAGGAGCACUUUCCGAGCGCUUGGCCGAUGCAGUCGCUUUUCAAAACUCGCCGCUCAUUUUGCUCCCUCUAUCACUUCUACCGCUCAUCAACUUUCGUUUCGGGAAACGCAACAUCGGAAACUACAGUUGGAAGAAGCUCUACAUUCAUCCAUCCAACUGCUGUUGUACAUCCGAAUGCUGUAAUUGGCGAGGAUGGGUAUAUUGGUCCAUUCUGUACUGUGGGAGCCUUUGCGAAGUUGGGAAAUGGUUGUCAAUUGUAUCCUGGGAGCCACAUUUUUGGGUGUACAGAACUAGGGGAUCGAUGUGUCUUGAUGACUGGCGCUAUAGUUGGUGAGGACAUUCCUGGUCGUACGGUCAUUGGGUGUAAUAACAAAAUAGGUCACCAUGCAGUGGUUGGCAUAAGAUGUCAAGACAUGAAAUACAAGCCAGGGGAUGAAUGUUUUCUUGAUAUUGGAGAUAACAAUGACAUAAGAGAACAUUCAUCAAUCCACCGAUCUUCGAAGUCCAAUGAUGUGACGGCUAUUGGUGAUAACAAUCUCAUAAUGGGAUCCUGUCAUAUUGCUCAUGAUUGCAAGAUCGGUAACAACAAUAUUUUUGCAAACAAUACUCUUUUAGCCGGCCACGUUGUGGUGGAGGACUAUGUUCACACAGGAGGCACCACUGCAGUUCAUCAAUUCUGCCAUGUUGGUUCUUUCUCAUUUGUUGCUGCGGGUUCGAUGGUCUCGCAAGAUGUCCCCAAAUAUAUGAUGGUGGGGGGUGAAAGACCAGAACUACGUGGUUUGAAUCUAGAGGGACUUCGGCGCAAUGGAUUCACAGUGGAAGAGAUCAUUGGCUUGAGAUCUGCUUACAGGAAGGUAUUCAUGUCUACUGAUACAAAUUCUAAAGGGUUCGAAGAACGUCUCAACGAAGUGGAACAGGAUGAAAAAUUGGCUCACGUAUCUUCAGUGCGUUCCAUGAUCCAGUCAAUUCGUGCCUCAUUUGAACAAAAUCGUCGGGGAAUAUGCAAAUUCAGACUAUGGAGUGGCUCUUAAAUGGUAUAUUCUCUUAUAUAUUCCCUUUAGAAGUUGCAUAUGAAUCCCCCGAUGAGAAUACACAUCUGCAGUACUGUGGAUAAUUUCUAGGUCAGCUCCCUGAAAAUGGAAAUGAAAAGGAAAGAAACUCUUAACCUUGACCAAGCGGUAAUCCAAAACAUUCUUUCAAAGUUAACACCCUCUGACUUUGAAAGUUGCUUUAAGAAAAAGAAGUUAAAAAGGGAAAAAGGAAAAAUAGAUUUUUGGUCCCAAUUUUGGGUUUAGUUUUCAUUUGGUGUUUAAGUUUAGAAUAUUAAAUUUAGCCUUUCAGUUUUGAGUUUGGUUUCAAUGUAGUUCAUAAGUUUCAAAAUGUCAUAAUUUUACUCUUGACAUUUGAGUUUGCUUUAAUUUAGUUCUUAGGUGUUAAGUUUUACAU